CAGAAACCCACCAGCAAUGCGAGUGGUGCUCACAGUACCGUUGCUCCUCGCAGCUCACGCUGUAGCCCGCAAGUCUCUGUCCAUUGGAACUCAGCUUCCUCACGCAUAUUACUCCUCCGAAUCUACCUCGUACAUCCAUGACACAGCUAUCGACCCUUCCGACCCAUAUAGCGUUGCGAGCGCGUUUCUUCGCGACGUGCUCGGCUCCGAUGUCUCCUACAUCAUUCGUGGAGACUCAUAUACGGACGCCGUCAGCGGCAUUACUCACAUAUACGCGCGUCAGCUUGUCAACGGGCUCGAUGUCGCGAACGCUCACAUCAACUUGAACAUUCGUGACGGCGUCAUUUUGUCUCAUGGGAACUCCUUCUACACCGGUCCUCAGCUAUCCUGGCCCGAAGGUGCUUCCUCCACAUUCGAUCCUUACCUUGCCUACUGUGAGGGUCUUCAGAAGCGAUUGAACGGAUUGCUGGCCGUUCAGACUCCCCAUGCUGCUAGUCAGGUCUACCUCGGCCAGCAGUUCAACAAGGAAGCUCGCGUUCUGAAUAAGCGCGUGGAGACGUACUGCGCCCACGUCCACACAUCGUCUAACGCAUUCCGAGAGCUGGGACCCAGUGCAGAGACCGCUCUGCUGUAUUUCAUUGUAGCUGCUACCGCCGAUCCAUCUGUGUCAGAGUCCAUUCUCAACAAUCCACGUCAACAUCUGCAAGCGAUUCAAGUUGACGCUCUUCAGGACACAGGUGCCUACAGCAUCUCAGGUGCCCCCGGUACCAUCAAUGACGUCGCUACUCGUCUUGUGUACGUUCAAGUGUCGGACGAUACUGGGGAUACUGUCCUGACGCUUGCUCAUCGCUUCCGAGUCGAUCUACCACUGAACUCGUACGAGGCGUACGUCUCAGUCAGCUCACCCCACCGCAUUCUCUCCGUCGUCGACUACGCUUCCGAUGGCGAUCCGCACACAGAUACUAUCCAUAGCAGUGACAUCAACUCUGCACCAUCCAGGAAGUUCGUCACACAGCAUGGCGACUCACUUGCACCAAGGAGGCGCCCUAUUCCCGACGUCCCCCUGCCAAAGCUGGCUCCUUCCACCUACAAGGUCUUCCAGUGGGGAUACAAUGACCCGUCGGAGGCGCUGAAAAAGGCUGGAAUCCUCCCUGGCGAUCCGUCCGCCCCUCCGUACGGCGAAGCACAGUCGUUGCAGAAGGAGAACAUUGACUCUGUUGCCGCUCGUGCGGGUUGGCAUACCAUGCCCAAGUGCAGAGUCCCUGGAGUGUUCGCCCAGUGCUGGAAAGCAGACACGCCAGAAAACUGGUGGUACACUACCGACACCACUCUCGGCAAUAACGUUUUCGUGCAGGAGGACUGGAGUGGGAGUGGCGGCUAUUCAGACCACAAGCGGCCUGUGGGCACACUUGCCGAGGGUACCGACGGCGGCGGCCGAGUUUUCGAGUUUGGCUAUAAUCCUGUCGCAUCUGCAGACGAUACUGACACAGCGAAACGCGAGAUUGCCCGUUCGUACAUGGGUGCAUCUGCUACGCAAGCAUUCUAUACUGCGAACAUGGUGCAUGACCUUUUUUACCGAUAUGGCUUCGAUGAAGUUGCAGGGAAUUUCCAGCAGUGGAAUUUCCAGGUCGGUCUCGAAGAUAAAGGCAUCGAUAAUGAUCCCGUCAUCUUGGGUGUCCAGAAAGGCGACGCGUACAACUGGGGAUUCAUGAAUGCGCCGGAAGACGGGCUGCCCGGGCGAUGCGAAGUUUCCAUCUUCGAUAUGUCCGACCCGUACCGGGAUAGCGCGAUGUCGGCUGGCCUCGUCAUUCACGAGCUAACUCACGGGCUGACGUCGCGGCUUGCCGGCGGGCCUGGGGUGCCUGGUUGUUUGCACCUUGGCGAAAGUAAGGGUAUGAGUGAAGGCUGGAGUGACUAUGUUGCGACCACAGUUCGCGCUACGGAUCCGCGCGCUGACUACGUGACGGGCGAUUGGAUUAUGAAUAAUACGGGAGGCGCGAGGAGGUACCCCUACACUCUCAGCUGCACAACUAACCCAACGACAUACGAAACCGUUACGGAGUACACUGGUGAAGACGAUGUCGACCAUGCCGUCGGACUGGUGUGGGGCAACAUGCUCUGGACCGCCUCCGCGAUCCUCUCCGACAAACACGGCUUCUCCACAACCCUCUUUCCCCCCGCCCCUCUUCCCGACGGCUCGCUCCCCUCGAGCGCAUUUGAAGGGCCCGACAGCUUCUACCUCCCUCGCACGACCAACCCCAGCACGGGCAAGCUCAACCCGCCCGUUCCGCGCCACGGCAACACGCUCGCGCUGCAGAUCGUGAUCAACGGAUUAAAGCUCAUGCAGUGCCCCGUGCCGAGCUUCCUGGACGGGCGCCGGACCAUUCUGGAGGCGGACCAGCACCUGACGGGCGGCGCGAACGAGUGCGAGCUGUGGGCGGCGUUCGCUGCGCGUGGCCUCGGUGAUGAUGCGAAGGUUGAGCAGAAGGGCCCAUUGGCGGGCGACUAUGAGAGGACAAACGGAUUCAAGGUUCCGGAGAAGUGUGUGGAGGUUGUGAAGAAGUAUGGUGAGCCCUGCCGCAAGGCUUGAGGACGUGCAUAGGCAUGCAUGAAAGCGAGCCCGUGCACCGUAGUAUCGAAAUGAAGUAUGUGACUGUAAAGAUUGCUGUGAUAGUCUCGCCGCGUUUGCUUAAAUAAAGAGAAGCUUUCUCCUACAUAACGGUAU